AUGGUCCGGUCUAGUCAUUGGAAUAUCUGGGUUGACCAACUCAAAUUGAAAGAUGAAAAGUUGGUAGAUACGUUAAAGAUCCCAGCAUUGAUCUUGCGUUAUGCUCACGCAACCAAUUUUUCCAAUAUGGUUUCGUUUGAACAAUUUGGAAAAGAAUAUUCGGCUAAAAAAGAUUUGAUUCCAGUUAAAGAAAAUAAAUUUGAUUUGAAAUUAGCUGAUUCUAGUGGUAAGGUUGAUGAAAGUAAGAUUUUCAAUGGUUAUUUGACUAAAAAAGAUGGUGUUCAAUUCAAAGUCAAAGAAUCGGGAGUUUAUUGUGUUUAUAUCGAACCUCCAACUGACGUUGGUAUAUCUGAUUUAACAAUUCCCAUUAGAAUUACCAACUCUCAUGGAUACCUUGAAUAUCUUAAGUAUGUCCCUUAUUCACAGAACAAGUACGGUAUUCUCAUUGGCUUGGCUUUGACUGGGUUUUUAUUCCACUAUAUUGUCAAGAAUAAACUAGGCGAGAAUUUUCAAAAUUUAAAUGAAAUCUCUUUGAUUUCAAAAGGAGUGAUUCUAUUUGCUUUGAUUCCCUUUGUUAUUACUUUGAUCAUCAACACCAUUGUUUCGUUUUUAUCAAAUAAUUUCUCGCCUAGCGAUUCACCUUCUCGUUUAUUAAGCUUUUUCGCUUUGGGUUCGAAUUAUAUUUCCAGUGUUUAUGGCAACUUCUCAAAUUACUUACUAUUGAUAUUCUCAAUGGGGUUUGGGGUUAUCUAUUAUCAUAAGGGAAGCUCAAGAAACUACAGAAAAUUUCCUGCCAGAUUAAAUAAAAUCUCUUUAUACUUAUUGAUAAUCAGCACGGUGUUGACUACAGCAAUCUUCUUUGUUAUUCUCCUUUCAGGGAAUGGCGAUUUGGAUAAUGCAUUUAUGGCUCCAGCUAGUAAUAGUCUAGUAUCUAAUGUGUUAAUGCCGCUUGCUUCGGCUUAUUAUUUGGUUUGGUUCGGCUUUACUUUUGUUUAUUACUUUAAAACUAAAAAGAUAUUGUCAAAGUUCCCCCCAGUUGAUCCAAAUGACGGCUCUGCGCCAGAGAAAAAUUCAAAAACUAUUAGCUCCUUCAGACGUUCCAUUCUUUUCAUUUUCUUAUUGCCCUUGGUUUCCAUGCUCGUCUUUAUUGGUUUAUACGCUUAUAGGCUCUACAAUUUUACUUAUGCAAGUAAUGAUUUAGGCAUGUUGAAUCCAGAUUCUUCUUUAUUACAGUAUUCAGUUUUUUCUGUUAAAACAAUGGAAAUGGUAUUAUUUGAUAAAUUAUAUCUUAUUGGUGGCCAAUGGUUGGGAUACUUAAAUGUUUAUUUUACUAUUAUCGCAGUUUACUUCUUCUGGAUAAAAGAUAAUAACGGUUUAGUUAUUGAUAGUCCUCCAGCUUAUGAUGAAGUCUCCAGAUUUGAUAUAAGUGAUGAUGAAGAAGCAGAACCUGAGCGUCUCUGAUUUAUCAUAUGUGUGAUUCGCCCCGUAGUUUAUUUAUUAGACUGGUCAACAUAGCAAUUCAAGAUUGGCCAUUUUAUUGGCAAUGACUUCACAGUUUUCAUGUAACUCACUCGGGGAUUUUAGCUCAAUAUCAUCGCUCUUUUCGAUAUGAUCAGUAUUAUGUUUUUGUUUUAUGAAAAAAGAGGCAAUACUUGAUUUACUAAUAUUAACAUAAGAUUUCUUAAAGUACUUGAUACUCUUACUGAUGUCUUUCUUUCUUAAGACUUUAAAUAUUUCUUUUGGUAACAUUAUAGGACUUCCAUUGCAUUUCUCAAC